GAAGAGUUCCGAAAACGUCACGAACACGAAGAAAACACGUCUACUGAGAAUGAAAAACGAGUGUGUGUUUCGCGAAUGAUUUGUUUAGUAUGAGCUGGAAUCCCUUCAAGAAGGCAAAGCCAUCAGCAAAGCAGACCGGCGACAGAGAAUUUGAGAGAGAAGUGGCAAGGUUUAACCAAUUGGAGGGAGCAACUAAGAAAAUUUACAAAGACACUAGAAAACAUGGCGAUGCUCUUGCAGCCCUGUCAAAAUCUGAACUACGGAUUUACCAAGAUCUGGCUGCAAGUCCUGUUUCUCAGGAGGAAAUGUUUGGGGAACCUAUCCAAGACUGCACAGCCUGUGCAGAAAGGUUGGAUGAGCUUAGACAAGAACUGGCAGUUAGAAAUCAGAAGACUGUAACAGAUCCCAUGAAAAAGUUUAGUGGGGUGUUUCCAAGUGUGAACGCAGCAAUAAAGAGACGGGAUCAAGCCCUGCAGGAUUACCAGAAAUAUCAAGCUAAAGUACUGAAGCUGCAAGAAAGGGAAAAAACUCCACAGAAUCAAGUUAAAUUGGAUGCGAAUAAUCAAGCAUUAGCAGCGGCCAAACUGGAUUAUGAAAAACAAAACGCCGUCAUGUUGGAGGAUCUGCCGCAACUGAUCGAUGGUAGAACAGAUUACUUUGAACCUUCAUUUGAAGCCAUGAUCCGAUCCGGGGCAAGCUACUACAGUCAGGCUUCGCAAGUCCUUUCCGAUCUCACCAACAAACUGGGCUGGAAGAAGGAAGAACUCUCUGACGAGGAUCGUCAGCAGCAACUCCAGCAGAAACUAGCUGAGAUAAAAUCGCUGUCUAUCGUGGAAGAUGGUUAAAAGUUAAGAACGAAGUGAAGAAAGAAUGAGCAAACGGAUUUGUGGACGGGAGGACGUGAUGGGUUUAGGGCUAAGCUGUGUACCGUGGACAUGGAAAUGGUUCGUUUCAUUAGCGACCAUGAUUCUUUAACUGACAAGAAACAACAUCUCGCGCUUGACUCUCAUGAUAAUUACCAUUCCGGUGGUUGGAACGCCUGUAAAAGUAACUAAAAACAGUUUUUUUUUUUUUCAAGUAUACUCGGCACAUCUGGACAAUUAGACCACAUGAUCAACAACUCGCAUCUUGAAUUAUUGUAAAUAAUGUAUUUUAAAAGAAGAAGAUUUUCAAUACACAAAAUUUCGUUUGA